AACAGAAGUGUACCCUGCUGACGAUGGGGUGCCUGAGUAGGGGUGUGGGUGGGGUUGGGGAACCCGAGCACACUGCACCCAGCUGAGAGUGAGAUUCCUUGAGAAAGCCCCUUCCUGUCACAGCACCCACAGCACUCUGAGCCUGCUUGCAGCCCAACAGCCUCUCCGAGAAUGCUACAUUUAAAAGUGCAAUUUUUGGAUGAUUCCCAGAAGAUUUUUGUGGUUGAUCAAAAGUCAACUGGGAAGGCGCUGUUUAACCUGAGUUGCAGCCAUCUAAACCUUGCUGAAAAGGAAUAUUUUGGACUAGAAUUCUGUAGCCAUUCUGGAAAUAAUGUCUGGUUGGAACUUCUGAAGCCUAUUACAAAACAAGUAAAAAAUCCUAAGGAGGUUGUUUUCAAAUUUAUGGUGAAAUUUUUCCCAGUGGACCCUGGACAUCUACAAGAAGAGCUUACAAGGUAUCUUUUUACUCUUCAAAUAAAGAAGGAUUUGGCUCUAGGAAGGCUUCCAUGCAGUGACAACUGUACAGCGUUGAUGGUAUCUCACAUCUUACAAUCAGAAUUGGGAGACUUUCAUGAAGAAACAGAUAGGAAACAUCUGUCACAAACCCGGUACUUACCGAACCAAGACUGUUUAGAGAGCAAGAUCGUGCACUUUCAUCAGAAGCACAUUGGCAGGAGCCCAGCUGAAUCUGACAUUCUGCUACUGGACAUAGCAAGGAAGUUGGAUAUGUAUGGCAUCAGGCCUCACCCCGCCAGUGAUGGUGAAGGGAUGCAAAUCCACCUGGCUGUUGCUCACAUGGGAGUACUGGUGUUACGGGGAAAUACAAAGAUUAAUACUUUUAAUUGGGCUAAAAUCCGCAAGUUGAGUUUUAAGAGAAAGCAUUUUCUCAUCAAACUUCAUGCCAACAUCUUGGUGUUGUGCAAGGACACCUUGGAGUUCACCAUGGCCAGCCGAGAUGUCUGUAAGGCUUUCUGGAAGACCUGUGUGGAAUACCAUGCUUUCUUCAGACUCUCUGAAGAGCCCAAAUCAAAGCCCAAAACCCUACUCUGCAGCAAGGGUUCCAGUUUCCGCUAUAGUGGAAGAACCCAAAGGCAGCUUUUGGAAUAUGGGGGGAAAGGGAGGUUGAAGAGCUUGCCAUUUGAAAGGAAACAUUACCCAUCUCAGUACCAUGAACGACAGUGCAGGUCCUCACCAGACCUCCUCUCUGAUGUCUCAAAACAAGUGGAAGAUUUGAGACUAGCCUAUGGCAGUGGGUACUACCGAAAUGUGAAUGGAGUGCACGCAUCUGAGCCUGUGCUAGACAGUAGGAGGAGAAACUCUGCAGUGGAGGUGACAUUUGCAGCAGAGCUGGAGCGUUCCAAACCAGAGGCAGAUCCCACAUUGUUACAUCAAUCGCAAAGCAGUUCCUCUUUCUCUUUUUUUUAUACUGAUCCUAUCUUUAACACUAACCACGAUCCUGACACUGAUUCUACAGACUACUUUGAGGAAAGAAGUCCUCUAAGCUCCUUCCGAACAAGCUGUAAGUUUGCUGACAAUCACAUGAGCACAUCUUCUGGCCUUACAAGCAAAGUGAGUCCAGCAAAGAGGCUAACAUACACAGAUGUGCCGUAUAUUCCUUGUACUGGUCAGCAGGUUGAUAUUAUGCCUCCCCAAGUCUUUUUUUAUAUGGACAAACCACCCCAGGUGCCCAGACAGUCUCCAAUUAUGGUAGAGGAAAGGGAAAGUCUAAACAGCUGUCUAGAACCCACUGCAACGAAGCCAGUCAGAAGAAGCCCAAGGAAUAUCAGAAUGAAGAGCUUUCAGCAAGACUUUCAAGAACUCAAAGAAGCUAUGGAUAGGACAAGUGGUAGGAGCAACAUCAACGUAGAUCUAGAAGACCCAGAUUUAGAAGAUGCAUUUGCAUAUAAUAUUCAAGAGCAACCCCCUAAACGCUCCCACAGCCAAUCAGACAUGAAAACUAUCCGUUUUCCUUUUGGGUCAGAAUUUAGACCUUUAGGGCCUUGUCCUGCUCUGAGUCGUAAAGCUGACCUAUUUACUCAUAUGUUUGCAGAGCAGGAGUUUCCAACAGUUCUAAUGGAUCAGGGAGCAUCAGAAAGGUAUGUAGCGAAUGAAUCCAGUGAUUCUGAAUCAGAGAUUCUUAAACCAGACUAUUACUCUGUGUAUGGUAAAGGAAUGAGGUCACCCAUGGCCCGAAUUCGCUUGUCUUCUGGUAGUCUACAGCUAGAUGAAGAAGAUGAAAAUGUUUCUUCCAAUACAACUGCUGAAGACAGGACUUUGUUAAAACCAUGUAAUUACUUUUUAGCUUAAAAGUGUAAACUCUGUGACCAUAUUUGGACCAGUUCUGUUACCAACUUAGGAAAAAGAAGGAACCUUCUGCAUAAACCAUUUUCUUAGUUCCUAUUCAUUGGUAUUUAGGGAAUCUUCGAAGUUUAGGCAUGUGGCUUAUGAAAGAUUCAACUGCUGCCUUGUUUAUCAACUUCUACUCUUCUAUUCCCUCUAAAAGAACGGUGGAACAUGCCCUCUCCUCAUUAGCACUGUGGUGAAGUGAGGUGGGUAUUUGUCAUCUUCAUGACACAUUUUCCCAUAGAGACAUUAUAAAUGAAGAUCAGGCUCCUUAAUACUGAAGAAUGGUGACAGUAUGGGUUGGCAUAUAGAACUGGCUUCUUAUGUCAUUUAGUGAUUUAGUAGAUCGUGACUGUGUUAGUCAUUUUUGUUCUUAAAUAGUACUAUGACUAAAGGUUUCAGUCCUCAUUAUCUGUGUGGGGCCCAGUAAAAAUGGUCCUGUAAUAUGUUAAGAACUUCAAUUUAUAUAAGAUAUGUUAGGGGUAUCGUGGCCCUCCUGAAGCUCAGGAACAAGAUGUGCCAUAGAUUCAACAGCCACAAGUUUAUAAUUUUUCUAGGACUUGGCAGAAUUCUAAUCUUCAGAAAUGAAUGAAUUAAUGAAUUUCUAAAGCCAGAUAUAUGCCUGCUGAGGAUAUAAUAAUGUUUAACUUAUUACUUCUCUAUUCUUAACUAUCUAUUAUAUGUAGUGAAAGAGAAAAGCUAACUGUUGGUUUGUUUAAUCUCCUGUAAGACUUUUUUUGCUAUAUCUUGUUGCAUGUAUGUAGGCAAGGAAAUGAGAUGAAUAGUAUUUUAACAGAGUGACUGAAAUCCAUUUAUUAAAAAUGCUAUAAGUAUUAU